AUGAGUAAUUUAUCUCGUUCAAGAGUAAUUCCUCACGGCCAAGAGGACCGGAGAAACAGAAGUAAUUCUUUCGCGGCCAACCAUCUACAUGCUGUAUGUGCCUAUCUCAGGUGCAUUUUUGUCGCUGUCUGUGUGUUGUUCAUGUUGCCAUCAUUCGAUGUUGUGCUCGCUGAUCAAGUCUCUGUAGUCAUUCCUUUGAUGAAACUAAAGAAAUCAACUAAGGUUGGAUUCUAUUGCCACUUUCCGGAUUUGUUGCUGGCUCAACACACAACCAUUCUUCGGCAGAUAUAUCAGAAACCCAUAGACUUUAUAGAAGAAGUAACGACUGGUAUGGCGGAUUUGAUUUUGGUUAACAACAUAUUUACUGCAUCUACUUUUGCAGGUACAUUUAAGCAUCUUCAUGCGAGAGGAAUCAAACCAGCCGUGCUUUACCUUGCGGUUAAUGUAGAGCAGUUUGAUAAACCCCAUACUUUUAAGUUUAAUUUUCUCUCUGUCAACCGCUUUGAAAGGGAAAAGAAUGUUGAAUUAGUAAUAUGUGCUUUUUCCUUGUUGCAAACCCUUGGAGGUAAUGUCCAAGGUCUUAAUGUUGCUGACGCUACGUUGACAGUCGUAGGUGGCUUUGAUAAAUGGCUAAGAGAGAAUGUCGAAUAUUUGGAGCAAUUGAAAAGCUUUGCAGACAGGAAAGGGGUGUCUCACAAGGUUAAGUUCAUGACCUCUUGCUCAACAGCUGAAAGAAAAAUGCUGCUUUUGCAAUGCCUCUCCGUUCUUUAUACACCAAAGGAUGAACAUUUCGGAAUCGUUCCAUUAGAGGCAAUGGCAGCCUAUAAACCUGUAAUUGCAUGCAACACUGGGGGUCCUGUGGAGACGAUUAAGAAUGGUGUGACAGGGUUCCUUUGUGAUCCUAGCCCUCAAGAGUUCUCUUUAGCGAUGGAAAAGUUCACAAGGGACCCCCAAAUGGCAGAGAGAAUGGGUUCUGAAGCUCGACAACAUGUCAUUGAGUCAUUUUCUACUAAGAUUUUUGGCCAGCAUUUGAACCAAAUUCUUCUUGAUAUAGCCUGGGGAAAGGAGGAUUGAGACAUCAAAAACUACAUGGAAAAUAUGUAUUUUGCAGAUAGGGUGUCAUGGUUAUGGCAAAACGGAAAGUAAGGUUCUACUCUAUUGCUAGUAGAUUGUUGCAGUGGACCUCUCUUCGACCGGGUGUCUAGCAUUUUCUGGGU